GAAUCAUUCCUCAUACUUUUUUCUUUUAUUAUUUACCUACAAUCGGAAAGCUAUGUCUUCCUACAAGAUUCUUCUCAUCGGUGCCACUGGAUACGUUGGAGGGUCUAUUCUGACUCAGACCCUGCUAUCCAUACCUAAUGUGCUUGCCAAGCACUCGAUUUCGGUCCUAAUCAGGGGAGAGGAAAAGGUUCCCGUGUUUGAGAAGAUGGGCGUCAAACCAAUUCUCUUCAACAGUCUCGAGGAGACUGAAUUCCUUCGAAAAAUUGCCAGCGGGCACGACAUUAUCAUUUAUUCGGCCUCUGGUUAUGAUACAGCGGCCGCCAAAGCUCUUGUGGCUGGACUGGGAGAUAGAAAGAAGCAAAGUGGAAAGGAAGUCCACUACAUCCACACAACCGGAGCAUCCAGUCUUAGUGACCAGCCUACCUCUGGCAAGUACCUCGAAGACCGCAUAUUCUCUGACAAGGAGGAUAUCUUCGCCUAUGAGAAAUUCCGCCAGACCAAGCAAGUGUAUCCCGCAAGAACCACCGACAUAGGAGUCAUCGAAACUGGCCUCAAACUUGGUGUCCAAACACACCUCAUGAUGCCCCCAACGAUCUAUGGUGUCGGUUCAGGGAAGUUCAACACGCUAUCCAUCCAAUUUCCGAUGUUGAUUCGCGCUUCAUUAAAAGCUGGUCAAGCUUUGGUCAUUGGUGACGGUAAAGGAGUUUGGAGCUACGUACAUAUCGAUGAUCUUGCUAAGCUAUAUAUUAUCCUACUCCAAAAGAUUCUAGACGGGGAGAAAGUACCGAUGGGAGAGCAAAUCUUGUUCGCUGAGACUGGUACAUUCUCUUGGAUUGAUGCUAGUCAAGCAAUUGCAGAUGCGUUGUACACACUUGGGGCUAUCAAGACUGUCGAUGUUAAGCAGGUCCCGCUUGAAGAUGCCGCUAGUCAACUUUUUGAGGGUGAUCUGCUACUUACUGAGCUGGCAUUUUCUUCAAAUUCAAGGACGAAAGCAGAUCUCGCGAGAGAGUUGGGAUGGAAGCCGAUGAAGACGGAGCAAGACUUCAAGAAUCAUUUUCUACAGGAAGCAAAAUUGAUCUUUGAGGUAAAGAAUUAGAUAGUUAUAUAUUCAUAACUUGUCAUAGUAGUGUUCUAUUAUCUUAGUUUUGUACAGGAGAAGUUUUCCGAUAGAAAAUAAAAGCA